AUGGCAGCUACUACAGCAGGAGCAGCAUCAGCUGCUCUUUUAAAUCCUAUAGCUCCACCAACGGCAGAACCAACAGCUCCUGUAAUAUCAGGAAAAACAAUGCAACAAUUACUAAGUGAAAUCGAUCAAUUAAAGAUUGAUGUUGAAGCGUCAUCAAAAGUUUUAGAAAAGAUUGAUACAGGCCGUAGAAAAGGUGCUGCCAAUCGUGAACGAUCAGUUGAAGGUCGUACAAAAGUGAAAGAUUUAACUGAACGUCUUAUCAAUCUUCAAAAUCAAGUACAGGCAACGACAAGAGCACCAGAUUCAAAAGAACCAGUUAGGACAUUUGAUAAAACAAAACAAAAUGCAGUAAAAGCAUUGAAUAAUCUUUCAAAUAAACUUAAUAAUGUUGAUAAACAUCUGGAAAGAGCAACUGGACCAAUGCCUGUAACUACUGCACCUCCAACUGAUGUUCAACCGGCUGCUACACCUGCAGCACCAGCUGAAGAAAAUGCAAAAGGACUUAGAUCACUUGUUAGUAAACUACCAUUUGGUAAUAGAAAUAAAUCAGCAUCAAAAGAAUCACUUGCUCCAACUACACCAGCUGUACCUGCACCAAGUAAACCUGCCGAAGAAACAGGUCAUGAAACUCCAAAGACACCGAAAGAUGAAGCGAUCGAAGAUGAUGACGACGUAGUAGGAGAAAGUGAAGAUGAUGAUGAUGUAAUAUCAGAUAAAAAGAAAGAACCAAAACAACCAUCUCCAUUAAUCAAAGCAACUGAUUCAGUUAGCUCACAUGAAAAAAAACCAAUAGUCUCCAAUGUAGAAAGUGAUGAUGAUGAAGAUUACAGUAGUGAUGAGGAUGAAGACGAUGAUGAGGAUGCUGUAAAUGAUAAUCAUCAAUUAUUAACUGAACUUGAACAUCGAACAAUAACGGAUGAAAACAGUAAAUCUCCUGUUAUUAGUGGUCGUCGAUCACAAUCACCAGCAACACCACGUAGUAAUAAAAAAGUUCCACCAAUUAAAAUUGAAUCUACACCAGCAGCUUCACCAAGAUCUAAACGAACUACAUCAUCAUCACCAGUACCACAUCCAUCAAUACGUAAAAAAACACCAAGUCCAAGACGACAUCCUGAAGUUCCAAUAGCUAAAAAAAGAGUUGAAGAAAGCGACGAAGAUUCAUAUUUUGAAGAAGAUGAAGAAGAAGGAGAUGAUGAUGAUGAUGAUGAAGAACUUCGACGUUUACAUAAUAGUGGUGAUCAUGAAGACGUUGAAUCUGAUCAUGAUUAUGAUGAACAAGAAGAUGAACCUAAUAUUGUCAAUGCACAUGUACAAGAACUUCGAACAACUAAACAUCCACCAGGUACACAAUUUCUUGUUUCACAUGAUUUAACAAGUGUACAAACUGGUGAUUUAACCAUUCAUAAAGGUGAAAUAAUAACACUUGUCGAACAACGUCCAGAUGAUUGGUGGUUAUUUCGUAAUGCACAAACACAACAACAAGGUGUCGUACCAAUCAAUCAUAUACAAUUAUUAUCUGGACAAUUACCAAGACGUCGAGCAAAACCAAAUACAUCAGUGACAACACUUGUCGAUGCAUUUAAAGCUAAUAAUAAUAUUCCAGCUGGUUUUGUUGCAUCAGAUUUAGCACCAUUAACUCAACUUGAAGAAUAUCAAUUAUGGCGAGCACUUGUACCAAAAAUGACUGAUUCAAAUCUUGCUUUUGCUGAUCUUUAUUGGCAUGCUGAUACUGAUCAUCUACAAAUAAAUGAUGUGACUUAUAAAAAAAUUAUUGUUCUUAAACAAUGUGUUAAAAUACCUAAAGUCAAAGGUGAUCAGAUUCGUGUUCUUGAUCGAUGUGUUCGUGUUUGUCUUUAUGAUGGCUUUGAAAUUAUUUCUAAUAUUCAUGUAGUUCGAGCACAUAUACGAAAUAAAGUUGAUGAUAAAGUUUUAACUGAAGAUUGGCAUUUUUCAUCAAAUGAUUUAAAUUCAUUUGUUGAUGAACAACCUCAAUUAUUUAUACGUGCCAAUCGAUCAAGUUCAGGUCAACAUUUAAGUUUACUUUUUGAAUUAUCACAAUGGUGUCAAUCAACAGUAACACAAGAAAAAUGUGAAAUUGCUUGUGGUUGGUCAAUGGUUCCAAUUGAAGAUGAUAAACCACCAUUAAUAACUGAAACAAAAGGUUUUAAUGAACUUUUACAUGGUGGACAUACAGAUGAACCAAAUAUUCUUCUUGAUCCUCAAUAUAAAAUUCUUCGUUCAGAUGGUUUAUCAGGCAAAAUUGAUCGUUUAAAACGAGCACGUAUUAAAUUUUCCAUUGAAAUACGUGAUUCAGAUAUUGAUAUACUAUUCGAUUCUUUACCAAUUCAACCAGUUAUUGUUUCAAUGAAUAUAUUACGAACAAUUGGUUUUUUUCGUAGUGAACUAGCUUAUCAAUUACAUAAACGUCAUCAUCCAACUGGUCUAUCAACAACACCUAUUGAUUCAAUAUUUCUUAGUACAUUUUUUCAAACAUUACAACAACCAGAUCUUAUUUAUGCUUUACGUCGAGUAUAUCGUUCACGUCAACGACGUUUUCUUAAAUCUUCAUCAAGUGCUCAACAACAACGAGAAUUAUUUAUACGAACAUAUGAAACAUUUAUUUAUCCACUUCUUCAUUAUCGACAAUUACCAGCAUAUGAUUUUCAUGAUGUACCAGCAUUAAAUGAACGAAGAAAAUUAAUAACUGAUAUGAUUAAACGACAAUUACCAGCAAGAAAAACGAAUCCACAAGAUAUUCUUUCGAUAUUAUUAGAUCCAAAUUUAACAGAUAAAUGGACACCAUUUACAACAGAUGAAAUUUGUUUUACAUUAGAAAAAUAUAUUCAUGAUUUUAAAACUGAUGUUGUAGCUUAG